UAUAUUUAUAAAUUACAAUGUCAAAUUUCAUAUUAAAAAGUUUCCUAAUUGUUCACAGAAUAUAAUCCUUUUUCUUCUCAAAUCACAGUAUAAACUUACUAUUUAAAACACAAAUUACACAAAAUAUAAGAUAAUUUCAUAUAAUUUCAGUUCCAAAAUUGUUCUGCCACUUUCUAUCUGCAAACUGAAGCGCCAUCUGAGAUCAGAUAACAUCAGGGCAAGGAACUAACUUAGUAUUAGCAUUUCUCCAACAUAAAGUCAAAGAGUUAUGCCGCUUUCUACAUUACCGCCUAGUUUGCCAAAAAAUCAUUUUUGAUAAAAAUUAGCAUUUAACAACAUUUGCAAUAAUCGACAUUGGCCCUCUUGGACAAAACGUUUUUCCUUAACAGAGUUGACUCCCCCGAACACUGGUUAUUGCAUCUCCUUCGUUACCACAGAGAGAUAUCAACAACACAUGUUUUCAUCUACAGGGUUCUGCAGUCUGGAAUUGACAUUCAUUUCAAUUUGAUUCGACUGUCAUACAAGAUGUACCAGUGAAAUGACUUGCAAUGUAUGCAACCAAGAGAAACUGUCUAAAGAAUUCGCACCAUUCAACGCCGCUGAUGAAUGUGAUCACGCUGCUCUAUCAUGUUUGCGGUGCAUGGUUGAUGCUGUAGCGAACUAUGGAAAGUGCCCAUACCCAGGAUGCUCACAACAAAUUGAUAAACGCAGCGAUAAAAUAAAAAUAUUUGAAAAAAUGCUUGCAAAAAUGUUUAAGGAAUACGAGACAAGCUACAGUCCCGUUGUGGAAAGCAAGGAUUUGGAUAGUGAUGGUUCCACAACAUAUAUUAAUAUAACAGGUCUAACUGGCGAAUCCAUGCAAAUCCCAUAUACCCUAAAACUGACUGUAAUGGAUUUAAAGAAUCACAUUCAACGCGAACUUCGAAUUGAAACCAGUAAGCAAAAACUUUUAUACGAGGACAAAGAAAUUGAAAACAAUAGUACAACUGGAAGAAUGGCAACUCUUGGUGACUACAACGUAAAGCCAAACACCACAAUUUGUUUGGUUGUAUGCCUCUACAGCAUUCCUGAAGAUUUCAACCAUGUCGUAUUUGAUUUAUAUUGGGGUUAUCCUCGGAGUGGAAAAGACUACCUUGACGCUUCAUGCUUAAUGUUUUCAGGGACAACUUUUUACCGAGCAUGCGAUUAUCAUUACGUAAAGCCACACUCAUCUGUAAGACACUCUGGGGACAGAAUGGAUGAUUUCAGAAAACAAGGGCACCAUACUAUUGACGUAUUCUUGCAGAAUAUACCAGCGGAUAUAACACAUCUCUUCUUUACUCUGAGUGCUUGGAGUUGCCCGAAUAUAUCCAAAUAUAGGAAACCUAGUUUAAAUUUUUUCGAGGCAUCAAAGCCCAAUAAAAGCUUGUGUGAAACUUCUUUUAGGCAUGCAAAUAAUUCACAGGCUGUAGUCAUGUGUUCUGUGUCUAGAAAAGAUGGUAAUUGGAAAAUAUUUCAAUCCGGAAAACUUUCAUCUGGAAACGCACAUAAAUACGGGCCACUAAAGGAAACAAUCCGACGUCUGAUUUUAUCUGGAUUUUAAUUCUUACUGACGAUAGAAUUUAUUGAAAUAAACUUUAAAAUUAAUCACGGCAUAGGACAUAUAUUUACAUCAAAAAUAUUCCUAAUCAGAAGAUAUAUAAGAAGCAAAAAAUCAAAAAUACAAAAAGUCAACGGAGAAACUAAAAGUCACUUUAAGCAUAAUUAGAAUAUCAAAGAAAUUCAAUAGUGAAUGACACUCAUUACUUUACAACAAAAGGAAUACUACCGAACAUCAUUUGGUUAUAUCGUCAUUUGCUUUCUUUCAAAAUGGAUUUUUACAGAAAAAAGUAAAAGCACCUUGAAAGGCAAUCACUCUACACAUACGUUUUCGAGAAUGAAUAAAUAUGCCACGCAGUUUUCCAAACAAGAGCUAGUAUUAUAAUCACUCUAUUGUUUUAUCUUAACUGUAACGAACACAUUUUUAUUAAUUUCUCUUUCCUGUUUAAAUCUGCUUGUUGCAUGAUGCGAGGAAACAAUGCAACAUGUUUUGAUGAGACUUUGCAAUGUGAUAUCGAAAGUUUCUUUUUUGCAAUUUUUUUUAUCUAUCAUUCAACUGGCAAAAUAGAGUUUAAUUUUCA